GCCGCUCAAGCGUCACGUGACAAGAGCGGGCGGUACCACCGCCGCGGUCUCAAAGGGCCGUGCGCGAAAAGGCCGUGCUUGAGCGCGCGCGGCUCCGGUGGACAUGGCGGCGGCGCGGGGCCAGCAGCGCACGGGUGAGCUGUGCAGAGCUCCGAAAUCUGCAUCGGCCACAGACAGACUCUCUGCAGCUUCCUACCUGGACUACCCAAAGCACAAGCCCUUCAUCAAUUCCGAUCUGCUGCGCUCCCCGCACAAACCUGUGGUUCCUUAUCCUGAGAGCAACAGUAGAGCAAUAUUUUCUGCUCUGAAGAAUCUUCAGGAAAAAAUUCGUCGGCUGGAGUUGGAACGGCUUCAGGCAGAGGAGAAUGUCAAACACCUCAGCAGAGAAACAGCAGACUACAAGAAAGUACUGAGCGAGCAAAUGCAGCACAGAGAGCGUGACAGAACUGAAGUGUCAAAGAAAAAUCAAGAACUGGCUUCUCAGCUGGCAGCUGCUGAGUCUCGGUACAGCCUGUUAGAGAAACAGCUGGACUACAUGAGAAAAAUGAUCCAGCAUGCAGAAAGGGAGAAGACACAGCUCUUGGAGAAACAGGAUUCACUGGAGAGAGAACGGCUUGAUCAGUCACAUGUUCAGUUGAAACUGGAGAAGCUGGAUAUGUUGGAGAAGGAAUACACCAGGCUUACUGCAAUGCAGUCCAUAGCAGAGAAAAAAAUGAAAGAGCUGGAACUGAAACUUCAGGAGGAGGAACAUGCAAGGAAGCUCGUUCAGGAAAAAGCAGCUGAGCUUCAGACAGGCCUGGAAACCAACAGACUGUUGAUUCAAGCAGCAUCACCACUGCUUUCUCCGAAAGCAAGAAAACCCAGGAAGAAAACUAAGCAGCCAGAGAAGAAAUGCUCUCUUACAAGCCAUCUCACUACGCAGCCCCAUUACAGACUGUGUCUGGGUGAUGUACCCUUUGUAGCUGGGAAGUCUACAAGUCCCAGCCAUUCAGUUGGUGCCAAUGUACAACACGUCCUACACCUCAUGAAGCAUCACACAAAAGCUUUGUGCAACAAUCGUGUGGUGAAUGAUGCUCCACUAGCAAAAUCCAUCAGUGCUGGUCGUCCUGCCAGCAGAAGCAGAAAGCCACCUCUGCCAAAGGACUAUUCUUCAUCACAAGAAGAGCUCUCAGAAGUUCUGCUGACUUUACAGGAUGAGUUUGGGCAGAUGAGUUUUGAUCACCAGCAGCUGUCUAAGCUUGUCCAGGAAGCUCCGACCAUUGCAGUAAGGGAAGAUCUGGAAAGGGAACUGGAGGCACUAGUGGGAAAGAUGGAGGCAAAGGCAGAUCAGAUCAGCAAAGUCCGAAGGCAUUGGCUGCAGCUUGAGAGACUUAAAAGAGAAUGCAAGUCCAAAAAGGCUUCUGCUAAGCACAGAAAAGACAGCAAGUUUCCCGUGAGUGAGGUUAAAGUAACAACAACUGUAACCACCAAAGGAAAGGAUGCUGGUCCCAUCAAAGUGAAACCUGGAGAGAAGAGCCGUAAAAACCUUCAGUUGCUGAGAGACAUGCAGACUAUACAAACCUCACUACAGAAGGAUGAUAUCAGCUGGGACUACUGACUGUUGUGCACAAGAUGUUUCUGAAACCAUCCCAGUCACAUUCUGGAUAUAAAGCAGCUGCCAUUCUUGCCAUGUGAGAGACUACUGUAUGCUAAGUGUGGUUUUGAAAUGGAGGUCCUUAAUUCUUCCAUCUGUGGGUGAUUGUAUGGUCUGGUUUAAAACUCAUUCCACGUUUUAAGGUAUCUGGCCACUGGAUCUAAGCGUGGGUUUCUGCCAUUUCCCUCUGUGUUAGGAUUCCAGCAGUCCCUCCCUUUGUCUCCCUUUGGUCUGCAUACCAAACUCCCCUGUGUAUGUGGGUUGGCUUGUGUGAAAUGCCACUGUGAUAUCACAGUGUUGUGGAACUCCUGUGCUUUAGGAGGCUUCAGAUGCAUCCUCUUGAAAACAACAGCAGGUCCUUAAGUCUUCAGGGCUUCUGUCUGUUCUGUUGUGUGCCCAGCUGCAAUUAUUCAAGCUGUGAUUGUAAAAAGGAGAACAGGUAAACUCCUUCAGAAGUGUUUUUCUGUAGUUCUCCUCAAAAAGUGUUCCUAGUCCUGCACGUUCCAUUAGUCAGCAUGAAUGGCAAUGGAUGCUUGAGUAUGCAGAAGUGACUUGACAGAUGCUUUUGCUUUAAUGAUGGGAUUGCUUUGAUUCUGAAGGGUGAAAUAUUUCUUCAGAGCUCAUAUUUAAUGAAAAGGCUAUAGGAUGUGGUGUUAAUAUCCCCUCGUCUUGCCCAUGGCUUUGGGUGGUAAGGGAGGGAGAUGAAACAUGUUUUAAAUUGCAAAUGCCAAGUCAUGCUAUUUGGUCCUGGCAUCUUGCUUUUAACUUGAAAUACAUGCUUUAAUGAGAGGUCUAUUUUGGUAGUAGUGUGCUCACACAGCUGAGUAAAUGUUAUUUAUUAUGUUAAUAAUGUAAAGAAUUUCCUAUUAAUGCAUAGAAGACCAGGUUAUCUGUUUAUACAGUUGAAAAAUAAUAAAGCCAGCUCGCCUGUUGAAUGAA